GAUCUCACACAGUCAGAUAAGAGACCAAAAUAAGGGAGAGGGAGCGAGAUUAGCGAUCGAGCGACAAGCGUUUCUCGCAGAAAAACAAGCGUGGUAUCUGCAGAGGCCAGACACUCAGCGAUACGAAGUUCAAGCUCACUCUGAAUCUUCGUGUUGAAAAGCAACUAAAAAAGAUCACGCCUCUCAUCGUGGAAGAAGCACGAAGGUACAUCUGGACAUUGCAAGAGGCGGAUUGGGGUGAACGCGAGACCGAGAGCAUGGCAAACGCAAAAAAGCAAGGCUACGAGGACGGUUAUACAGAAUGUCUUGCAGAAGGUAGACGCAUCGCUUCAGCCGAUAUGGGCGAGAUCGAGUGCGAAGCCUAUGAUGAUGGCUAUUCCGUUGGUUACGAAGCAGGCAAAACUUUCGGGAUAAACUGGGCUGAGUCAGAGCACGAGACGAAGCUUCCAAGAAUCCAAGAAGAUGCAGAUUAUGCUCGCGAGACGAUCCUGCUGUGUACUAUCCAAAAGAUCGACUACGUGACGAAUGGAACAGUUCGACGGGUCUUUGCGUGUUGUCAAGACAUGACUUGCUUUGAGCACAAUAUGGAAACUGUCGUUGAACAUCAAUUCAAGUAUGGAACCGGGUGUCCACGCCUUUGUAGCAAAGAUGAACGGGGCGAUGAUACAAAUUGUGCGAAAGUGUAUGAUCGGGAACAAGCAGAUGGUGAAGCCCAGGGAUUUGAGAGAGGUCGGAAUGCGGGACACUCUCAGGGUCACCAGAAAGGUUACACGAAAGGGUACGCCAGGGGGUUCAUCGUGGGACAUUUGCAGGGGAACGAUGACAAUUGGGGGAGCGCAUAUAACGAAGGCUACGCCGACGCAAAUGCCGAAGAGGACGGACGACUGGAUGCAGCGUACAAAAAAGGAGUUGAUGCGGCUGAGGAAACUCUUAAGCCGAGACUGGCCAGUGAGCGCCAAAGUGGUAAAAACCUGGGCUAUAACAGCGGAUGGGAUGAUGGCUACGAGGCUCAUAAGUCCAUGCGCAAUCGUCAAGAGGCUGAAGAAGCCGCUGAAGCAUUUGCUAGUACGUGGGAUGUGGGCGGCAGCGGUGAAACCAGGGAUGAUGGCUGGGGACAGGCUGAUCAAUCGGUAGGAUGGGAACAGCUUGAUGAAUGGUGAAGCCACGCAGAUUACUAAAAAAAAAACUGAACAUGUA